AUGUCGUUCAAGAGGUUCGUGGAGAUCGGAAGAGUCGCCCUUGUCAACUACGGGGAGGACUAUGGGAAGCUCGUUGUUAUCGUCGAUGUCAUUAACCAAAAAUCCUUACCACCAUCACCCAACCUCUUGCUUCGUCGAGCUCCAGCCAUGGACGUUGGGGCUGCUUCAUCUUCUCAUCCCAAACGACCAACAGCUCGACCAGAUUCACGACGCAUGACCAUGGCUGCCCGCGUUGCUGCUGCUGCUUCAUCCAGUUUCUGCAUUGUCGCCACUGUUGCUCCUGCUACGUCCAGCCAUGGACGAGCUGCAGAGUCGCUUCUGCUGCCUUCUGCUACGUCCAGCCAUGGACGACCACCAAAGCUGCCCUCCGUCGAGCAUGUUCAGCAGUAG